AUGUGCAGGGAGGCCAACGCUACGGGCAAGGCGGAGAAGCGCCUCGGCAGGGCCCGCAAGGCCCUCGAGGCCAAGCGGGAGGCGCGCGAGGAGCUCGUCGAGCAGCUCGCCGCCCUCGACGCCGAGCUGGAGGACAAGGAGGCUUUCCGCGGCUUGGAGGCCGAGAGCCAGGCAGCAGCGGAGGGCGAGCGGCUGCGCAAGGCAGCGGAGCUCCCCGAACGCAGCCAUGUGCCUGGGCUCCUCACGCAGCUCCGAGGCCUGCAGGCAGCGCGUCGUGGCAACUUCGAGUGCGCGUGGUCGGAGAUCGAGAAGCAGAUGUCGGCAGUGGCGGCGCAGCUCGCUCUGGGCAGCGCACCGCCGUCGCGCGACUCCUGGGCGGAGAGCUGCCCCAUCGAUGACGAGCUGGGCAUCCGCAACGACGAUGCUCCCCUCGCCUCAGCCGCAGACAAGACCAAGAUCCGACGGGUUUGGCCAGCCCAGCCUGCGGCCAUGCGAGGCCAGGGCGAGCGGUUCAGGGCAGCCGCGGGGCCGUGGCCUUGCGUCUCGGAGGCGAGGGCGGCGGCGGCAGUGCAGCGGGAUCCGCAGCAGUGGGGCCGCCAGGCCUCUGACCUCGAGGUCGGCCAGGUGCGCUCCCUCCCAGGGCCGAGGUGCGGCUGCCAGGUGGGCCUGCCCCUCGGCCAGUCGGGCCCGCGAGGCGACAGCGCCCUGGCCGGCUGGGAGAGCACGACUGGGGUUGGCCAGGUGGCCCACCCCGCAGGGCAGAGGGGCUCGGGCCAGGUGGGCCCGCCCCGAGGCCAGCCAGACCCGCGAGGCAGCAGCGCCCUGGUCGGAAGCCGCAGCCCGAGGCGAGUGGCCGACAGCGCGCAGCCCUGCAUAAGCCCACUGGUGCGGCCAGGAACGCAGAUGCGGCCACCUGGCGACCAGGAAGAGGGUAGGUGCGGUGGGAUUCAGCCCCACGUCGUCGCAGCACCUACGCUCGGCGGUGGCCGGGAGGCGCAGCAGGGCGGGCCGAGCCAGCUGGCAGGAGGAGCACGGCGAGUGGCGGCUGCUGACGCCAUCAUCUGGGGCCGGGUGUGCGACCUCGACCCGACGGCGCAGGCGCCAACGGUCGCUUUCGCCGAGGCCCUCGCCAGCGGCCUCGUCGUGUUGGGCUGCAACGGCAGCGGAUGGCGACGCUCCUUGGAGGUGCUGGAGGGCUACGCGCGCCUGGUUGGUGCCUGGCCGCACGUCGUGACCCUCCAGGAGACCAGGCUCCUGGCGACGAGCAAGAUAGCAUCCGCAUUUGGCACCGCUGGAGCCCUGGGCCUAGAGCUCAUGGUCGCCUCGGCCUACUUCGAGCACAUCAUCGGGCCAUGGGCAGGCAACCUCGAUCUGCUGCGAGCGGUGGCACAGCUCACCAUGGCAGCUGGGUGUACGCCGUGGCUGCUGCAGGCGGACUUCAACAUGGAACCAGCGACCUUGCAGGAGCUCAGCUGGCCAGAAUGUCACCGCGCAGUGGCCAUCGCGCCUUGGGUCCCGACUUGCUUUGCGGCAAAGCAGGAGAAGACCUUUGACUGGUUCGUGGCGUCGCAGGACCUCGCGUACGCGGCGAGUACCUGUCGUCCUGCGCCAGGCCUGGCGCUUCACCCUCACACGUCUGUGGAGCUCACCCUCCAGGACCUGCGGCCAGACGCGUUGGUCCAGGUCCUGAAGAACCCUCGGCCUUUUCCGCAUCGGGACAUCAAUGCCUGCGAGGCCCAUGAAGAUGCGAGGGUCGAGGUCUUCCGUCGAGUGGGCCGAGCGGGGAAGUGGCAGCGAGGUCCCCUCGAGUGGUGCUGGCAGCCAGGGGAGCGGCCUCGCAGCCUCGAGCUUGGCCUGCGGCAGUGGAUGGCAGCAGCGGAAAGGGCGCUGAUCGGUACCCACGACAUCGACGAGCAGCACGCCCUGACGAGACGCAGACACCGGGUGCUCCAUGCCGCGGUCACUUACGAGCUGCGCUGCUUGAACGAUCUUGCGCAGCAGCGGAUCAAGGCGGAGGUGGCGGAGAAGUACCAUGCGUCGCACGAGGGAUGGUACAGCACCGAAGCUCACAGGCGCUGCAAGCGCCUGGUCAUCGAGCUGGAGUUCCACCCGCGCCAGAUCCUCCUGCUGCCGACGGCGCUGCAGGAGUGGCUGCUGGACCUCAUGCAGGAGUUUGAGGGCGCCCCCCUGCCAGGACGCAGGACGCACAACACGGCCGCGUCACGCGCCCAAGGACAGGGGAUGGCAACUGCGUCCCUGUUCGUCGACAUCGACAUCUCGAAGUUCUACGAGAAUGCGCGGCAUGACGUGCUCUGGGAGGUGGCGGUGCAACAUACUUUCAACCUGACGCUGUUGAGGGGGCUACUGGCCAGCUACCAGAGCCCGCGCUGUGUGGCCAUGGCAGAGCUGUGCACGGUGGCGUUCACCACCAGCGGCGCGAUCCUGGCCGGCUGCGCGUGCGCCACUGCACUGGCCAACUUGCCCAUGCUGGGCCCGCCCCUGGCGAUGACGGUUGGCCGCCCCCUCAUCUGCCCCAGGAAUGCGGUCGACGACGUGCCCCUGCAGGCCAUCGGCACCGAGCGCCUGGCGGUGCAGCAGCUCAGCGAGGCGGGGGCCCAGCUGGUCUCCAUGCUCAUGGCGCAGCACCUGCCCGUCAACGCGGCCAAGACCCACCUUCUGGCCAGCACCCCAACAGUGGCGGGAGGGCUGAAGGAGAGGUGGCAGCUUCACGUCUGGUCCUUCAGCCAGGAGCUGCAGGCCAGGAACUUCGGCAUUGACGCCUGCAUGGCGCGCAGAAGGGUUGCCGAGAGCGCGGCCAGGGCUCGGCAAUCCCUCAGAAGUGGCCGCAGGAUGCAGAGCAUGAAGGCAGCGGGGGUUCGUGUCGACGCUGUCUUCGAGACUGGGCCCUCGUCCAGCUUCCUCUGGGGGAGGGCGGUCGUCGGCAUCCCAGUCGGCGACCUGCGCAGCAUGCGCAUUGCUGCAUGCAGGAGUGCGGGGCGCCUGCACAACGGUGAGCCCCUGGGGCCGCGGCUGUGCGCGGCGGAGGCGCUGCGUGGCAGGGAUCUGGGCCCCGAGGCGGUGGCGGCGGGCAGGGCCGCGUCGAUGGCGGCGGCAGUCCUGCAGAGCGCGUGCGGCGACGGCCCCUUAUGCCCUCGGGUGCACUGCCGCUCGCCCGUCGACGCCCUCAUUCUCACGCUCGGACGCAUCGGCUGGGGCGUGCGCGGGACGGACCUGGUCGCGGACUUCGGAGGCGUCCUAGGCCUGACCUCUCUCGGGCCCAAGGACCUCAUGACCGAGGCAGAGAAAGGAGCGCGGAGGGCCUCUGACAGGCGGGAACUUGGCCGCCUGGCCAAUGGCGGGCGGCAUUGCCACCUUCUCUUCUGGGACGCCAUCUGCGAGCUGAUCGGGCCCCGCGGCUCCCUCGGCCACAGAGAGAAGGCGGGCUUCGUUUCGGUCUUCACGAACGCCCGCUGGCCCCAGCAACGCCUCCUGGCGGCCAAGGUCAGCGAGGACGGCACCUUGGAGGCUGCCUCCUAUGGCACGGUGAGGGCCGACCUGUGCCCGCAGCAGACGGCCAAGAACGCCGAGGACUUCGCCAGCUGGAUGCUGACUGAGGUCGCGGGGUCUGGGCGGCACAUCCUGCACGUCGAUUGCGCAUCCACGGUCCCUUGCCUGAGGCGAGGGCGCCGGUGCGCCACUGGCAUUGGUCGACCUGGCACCCACCUCUGGAGCAGGUUCUUCGCUGUCUCUGGGCCCGAGGACUACGAGGUUCGCAGAGUACCAGCUCACCUGGCGCGGGCGCAGGUGCAGAAGGGGCGUGUCUCAGAGCAGGAGUGGGGUGGCAACAGGUCUGCGGACAUCUACGCCAAGCUCGGGCCCUCGCUGCAUGCUGUCCCGCGGGAGGUGCUGGUCCACUUCAAGGCUUUCGCGCCGAUCGUGGCGGAGCUGGCGCGGCGGAUCGCCCAGGUCUCCAUCCUGGUGCAGCAGGGCGGCCUACGCAACGCGCAGGGCUUGCCUGAGGGGCUGGAGAGCUGCAGCCGCUGCGGCGCCUACGCUGGCAUCGACGGAGGGCCCAAGCUGCAUGAGGAGUGCUUGGGCUGCCCUCCCAAGGGGCCUAAGGGCAAGGGCGGUCGCGACCAGCUCAGCCUUUGGGAUCGGGGGCUGCACCCAAGCGGCCGCAGAGGGAAGAAGAAAGCCGUCAGGAUGCUGCGCCAGAUGGGCGUCACCAGUGAGCUGAGGGGCGGCAUCCUGGCCUGGUUCGGCGCGCUGCCCGAGGAGGCGGGACCCGCGGCGGCCGACGCGCCCGCUGGCCGCGAGGGGGACGGGGGAGGGACGGCCACCUCCCGCGCGUCGAGCUCGUCACCAGCGGGUGGGCUGCGGGCGGCCGCCCCCCCAGUGCGCCGUCCAGCGGCGGCAGCGGCUCCCAUGGGGACGGCCGAGGCCGCCAUCAGCCGCCCAGAGGCCAUGCUAGCGGUCGGCCUGGACGAGAGCGGCCUGGCCGACUGGGCGCAGGAGGUCGCGGCGGCGGAGGAGCGCAAGCGGAGACGCCUCGUGGGCCCCCCGGAAUGA